AUGGAAUUAAAAAUAUCAGAUAUUGAUAAUAUAAAUCUUUCUAAUAUUAAUAUUGAUUCAAUAGAAAUACUUGAGAUUCACAAAAAAUAAUGUUCAAGAAAGGAUGUUGUUUAGGUUGGAAGAAUUUUAAAAAAAUUAAAAAAUAUAAAAGAACUAUCUCUUUUGUUACCAGAAUGCUAUAUAUGGUCUGAAGGAUUAUUUAGUAUUAAGCAAGCUAUUAAAACUUAUGAUUUACUUUAAAAGCUAGAUAUACAUUUAAGUAAUAGCAUGAUUGGCCAAUAAAUUGUUGUACUGAUUGGUGAAGUAAUUGCUAAAAAUAUCCAUUUGAAAUACUUGAGAAUAAAAUUCAAUAUUUUAGCAAUCAGAGAUGGUGAAGAAAGCGAAUUUUUAGUUUCUAAUUUAAAGAAAUGUGAUGAUCUUGAACAUCUAGAAUUAGAUUUAGAGAGGUGUCUAAUAAAAAACAAGCUGCUAUGUAAAUUAGGUUAAUCCAUAAUUAAUUUGAAUAGAUUAUCUCUUCUCAAGCUAAAUUUUAGAUAAAAUGAAGUAGAAGAUUUAGGGAUUAUUGACAUAUCUAAAGGUAUUUAAUAAAGUGGAUAAAACUUAAAUGUUCUGAGUUUAGAUUUUAAUUAAAAUUUCCUCAAAUAUGAAGGUGCACAAAAAAUUAGUUUGGCUAUUAAAAGUUGCCCCUAACUUAGGAUUUUACAAUUAUUUUUAAAAGAAAAUUGUAUAACAAAGUAUGGAGCAAAUGAAAUAGGAUAAGCAAUAAUUGAAUGUAGUUAUUUGGAAGAAUUAAAGUUAUCUUUAUAACAUAAUGUGUUGCAUGAAGGAUAAGUACUUGAUUUAGGGCUUUUAAAUAAAUAAAACCUAAAAAAUAUCUAUUUAAACUUAACUUCUUGUUUUAUAAACUCAAAUGAUAUGUAUAAUUUAAGCAAGCAGAUAUCUGGGUGUAAAUAAUUACAAAUAAUGAAUCUAAUACUGAAGGCAAACAAUUAAAGUUUUGAGAGUUUAUUGAGUUUAGCCAAAAGUACAGUGCAACUUUAGUAAUUAUUCAAGAUAAGUAUAAAUUUAUAAGCACCUAUUUUCUAAAAAUAUGAAUUAACUUAAUUUAUUAGGACUUUUUCUUAAAUAAAAAAUUUAAUUUCAUUUGAUAUGCUUAUUGGAGACUAAACUGAUUUGAAGACUUACAAUUAAAUAGCUAAAAUGUAUUUUAAAAGAUUACUUUUCAUAGACAUCAAUGUUUAUUAUUAUAGAUUAGACUAUGAUUGA